GCGGUGCAGAUUUCCAGCAAAUAGUGAUUUUCUCUGUGUUUAUUCGAAUAUUUGUGCGUAAAUGUGGCUAGUUUAUCGAAGUCGAUGUUAAUAAUUGUUGAGUCCAGUGCCUUCAACCAUUGGGCGCAAUGUCGUCGGGGGAUAAUGUAAAAGUGUCGAUCAAGGUGAGGCCGCUUAUCAAACGGGAGCGGGAUUGCAAACUUACACCGCAAUGGCGCGUCCGGGACAAUACGAUAGCGAUGAUCGACAGCAAUGGCGAACCCUUCGUUUUCGAUCACAUUUUCGACGAGACCGUGCCAACGAAAGAGCUGUUCGAUACCGUGUGCCGUCCGGUGAUCCAUGGGGCGCUCAAGGGCAUCAAUGGAACCAUUUUUGCCUACGGUCAAACAUCAUCCGGCAAGACGUACACCAUGAUCGGGGAUGAGAGCGUGCCGGGCGUAGUACCGUUGACAGCACACGAGAUCUUCAAAGAGAUCAAACACCACCCGGAGCGCCAGUUUCUGAUUCGCGUGGGCUUCAUUGAGAUCUAUAAUGAGAAGGUGCACGAUCUGCUAAACACGGCCAACACGAACCUCAAGAUUACGGAGAACCAGUGCGGGGACGUUUCGGUCAAUUCGAAGGAAUACAUCACCAACUCUCCUGAACAGAUCCUGCAAUACGUGGAUGCGGGAAAUAAGGCGCGUAAAAUCGGCGAAACGCACAUGAACGAACGAUCAAGCCGGUCGCAUACGAUCUUUCGUAUCUUGAUCGAAUCGCGGCUCAUCAAUACGGCCGACGACGAGAUCAAAACAGAUAGUGAGGCGGUGCAGAUAGGCAUUCUAAAUCUGGUCGAUUUGGCCGGUAGCGAGCGGGCGGACCAGACCGGUGCGACCGGGUGCCGGUUUAAGGAGGGUGUCUGUAUCAACCGUAGCCUGCUGUCGCUGAGCCUUGUCAUCCAGAAGCUGAGCGAAAAUUCGGAUAAACAGUUCAUCAACUAUCGUGAUUCGAAACUGACGCGCAUCCUGCAGGCUUCACUCGGUGGCAACGCGGUCACGUCGAUGAUCUGCAACAUUACACCGGCGGUGGUGGAUGAGACGUACUACACGCUGAGUUUCGCAAUGCGCGCUAAGGCCAUCAAAAACAGGCCGAAAGUGAACGAGAUUCUAACCGAAGCGGCUAUGAUGAAGCGUUUGGAGCGGGAAAUCAAGCGGCUGCAGAGUGAGUUGCGAUCCGAGCAGCACAAGAACAGCAAGAUCAAGACGCUCGAGCUGAUGAACGCAAUCACGCUGCGCACGAGCCAGUUUAUCAAUUCGAACCAUUCGCAAUCGAUGCAGAUUGAUAACGCACGAAGGCGCACGUGGUGUCCAACCAGCUCGGACAUACCGCAUCCAACGGCGUCUUCUCACACCCGAAGAGAACCAUCAUCGAUCAUGGGCCCACCGGCAUUGCCUGGACGCUCAUCCUCUGCCCGUAUACCCAGCCUUAACGGUAUCACACGACCGACGCUCCUCGUGGACGAUGAUUUUGGUACGAGUCUUGGGCUAGAGGAUGGCGACGAAGAGUGUCGCAUUAACUUUCCGGAGCUGAAUAAUAAGCGGGACAAGCUAACCUAUCGAAUACGUUCGACGUCACCAAUGCAAAGCGGAUUGCUGAAUCCAUUCGCCCUGUACGAAGGUGAUGAGUUUAUACCGGGGGAGCAGAUCAGCUUUGGGCGCACCUCGCUCUCACCGACGUCUGCCGUCGUACGGGAUCUGCGCACACCGGUAAGCCUCCGGCGGAAACGGCGAUCGUCUACCGGUGAUUCACCGACGGAGCUCAACUACGAAGAAAGGUGCCGCAUCUUGGAGCAAGAAUUGACAGAAUUGCAGGAGUUCACCAAUCUAGAGAAGACUUACGAACUGCAGUACUUGAAACAAGACUUGGCCAAACGGAACGAGGAGCUCGAGACAGUACGAGGCGAAAUCGAGCUGAAGCAGCAACGGAUAGAACGGCUGGAUGAAAGAUGCACACAUCUUGAGAUCGAACUGAAAGAGCAAAACAAUCGUGUGAGCAAGGCGGAGGAGGAACUGGCGCGUUCCAUCAAAGAACGGCAGGGUGCGGAGAAGGAAGCGGAGCAUCACCGCAACCAGCUUACUGGUAUCGAGUACGAGUAUGAACUGUUCCGGCAGCGAUCGGAGGCACGCGAGAAAGAGCUGAUCGAAUCGCUGCAGGAAGCCCGCGGUACGUCGGCUAGCGGCACUUCGUCUGGCGAACGAGUGGAUCAGAAGCGGGAAGAAAUGAAACGGCUAGAAAUGCAAAACUAUGAUUUUUCGCUACAGCUCGAAACGUACAGUAAACAGAUUGAGGAACUGAAAAACUCCCAGCAGGAACAUCAUCGCAAGCUCGAGCAGGUGAAGCAGAUGGUACUCGGCUACUACCAGGUACCAGCGAGUCACCAUAAGGAUGAUAAUUCCGCGCGUCUGCUGGAAUCGAUUCGCAAAACACUGCUUCUGCCCGAUUUGGUGAGCGAAAAUGGAACAACCGACGUAGUGGUGCUGAAGCAGAACGGAACGAAACAUUCAUCAGAGAGUACCUCGCCAGCAAAGAACGGCGUCGUGGAUGACUAUGCCGACGUAACCAUUCUGGGUGAAGAACAUACCGUCAAAGAAUUACUAAAAAUCAUCGAGCAACUGGAAGAGAGAGUUCGCAGCAACACCGCACAAGCGGAAACACAUCGCGUUGAGCUGAGUGCAUUGCAAUCGCGCCUGGAAGAAAAGAUUAGCGGUAUGGCGCAGCUUCAGAAAACGGCCGAUACGUGGAAAAGGCAACUGGAAGCUCAAACAACCGAGUACGACGAGCUCUCAACUCAGCUGAUGGACCAGAUGCAGGAGAACGAGAUGUUGCGUAAAGAUUUGGCAAAGCUGCAGAGUGACGCGGAAGCUAAACGUGAAGAGCUAAGCGUGGAAGUGGCUAGCUUGCGCGAUGCCCUCGAUAAGGCCAAGCUGCCAGACGAACGAGUGGAACUAGAACAAGCGAAUGAGUUACUCCGUAAGGAGAUCGUUGAGUUAAGGGCGGAGAUUGAACAGCAACAAGCAUUGGUCAAGACAGCUGAAGCUGAGCGCUUACAACUGGACCGCAAAUGUGAUGAACUGCAAACAAGGUUGAAGGAAGAGAUGAUGGCACGUAAUACUGAAGCAUUAGAGGCAGAACGACAGGAAGCUAUUGCGAUUGCCGAACAUGUGGCCAAGCUCCAGCAGGAUCUGGCAAAGCAAGAGACUGAUCUAAUGCUUCUGGUAGUUGAAGCAAAGAAGGAGAAGGAUGCCAUAGUCGAAGAGAAGAGUCACCUGGCCGAGCAGUUUGCUCGGGCUGAGCAAAAAUGGGUUGAAGAGAAGUUGGAGAUUGAGCAAACGCAUGAGAUGCUUAACGCAAAAUUACAGGGUGAGAUUGACCGGUUGAAUGUUUCGAUCGAACAGUUAAGUGAGGAAAAAACAAAACUUACAGUGGAGCUGAAGAACGUAGUGCAGAAUCGGUACGACGACUCCGAGGCAGAGUUGAACCGAAUGCGCCAAACUCAGCAAAAGCUGGAGGAACGCAUUGCUGAACUGCUCAGCGAGAUCGAAGGUUACACGAACGAGCUAGAAGCGGUUCGGCAACAGUAUCAAACUGUACAGAAUGAGCUUAAAGAAUUGCGUGAUGCGGAAACGCAAACGCAAUUGCUUGAAACAGAAUCGUUUAAGGAGAGAGUCGAACGUUUAGAGGAAGAGAAAGCUUCUUUUGAAAAAGCGUGUUCCGAGUCCACCGCAGAAUGUCGGAAAUGGCAGAAUAACGUGAAAGAGUUAGAGCAACGCAUCGAUGUGCUUGUUGCGGAAUCCGCUCGUACCCAUUUGGACCUGACCGAAGCGGAGAAGAAUUACGCAGAGCUCGAAGCUACACAUAAGCAUGAAAAAGAACUCCACGAAAGUGCUCAUGAGGAACUUUCGCUUGACCUAGCGAACGCCAGGCAGCAGAUUGAUAGAUUAACGCAAGAGAAAGACCAAACGUUGCUGCAGCAAUCCGGCGAACAGCAAUCUGUGGUGGAUCAAUUGGAUGAAUUGAAAGAGAGCAAGAUAUCGUUGGAGAAACAGGUUGCGGAGCUAGAAGAAGAAAUCAAUCAACAUAAAACUAGCCUGGUGGGCGCUCAAAAGGAACAGGAAGAAUGUAUGAAGCACCAUCGGCUUCAAUGUGAAUCGUAUGAAGCGGCCAAACUGGAACUGGCUAAGCUAAAACAUGCGUUUAAUGAACUGAAUGAAGAAACCCGAGAGCAGCAAAACAAUCUGGCUCAGCAAAUAACGGACCUUACCCAUAGCAAGGAACAACUACACGAGCAGAUUGUUGAGCGGGAAGAGGAAAUGCUUAAGUACAUCGGCGAGCUAGAUGUAUUGCGCUCAGAGCAGCUUGAGCUCGUCAAGCGCCAUAACGACGAUCGCAAAAGACUCGAGCAGGAGCAGGAAUCGUUGCAGCGUACCGUCGAGCAGCUGAUGUCCGAAAAUGAAUCGCUCCUCAAGGAUCAACUGGAUACCGAAGAGGCACAGCAGCGGCAUGCGUUGGCAGAAGGCGAGGAACUCGACCGUCUUCGGUCGUGCCGUGACGAAUCGGAGCGCCUCGUAGGUCAACUGGAGCGCGAUCUCGAAACGGUGCGUGCCGAAUUGGAACAGGUGCGCAAUGAUUUGGUUGAGGAAAAACGCCGACACGAUGCUGGUGCCGAAUCCGAACGAGCGUUAGUAGAGGCAAAACACGAAGAGCUGGAACGACUUAAGGAUUCUAUCCUAGCUUUGCAGGAUGAGAAGGUACGUUUGUCGGAGGCAGAAACGCGUCUCCAUACGCAACUGCAGCAACAAGCGGAGCAGAUUGUACUACUCGAGCAGCGACGUGAUGAUAAGGAAGCAAUGCUGGAUGAGCUAAGGAAGGAAAAUAGCGACCUUACCAUCGCCGUUCAAGAACUCUCGGCGAAGAUCGUCAAUCUGGAGGAACAGAUGGAUGCCAGUGAUGCAGCGCAGCGCAAAUCGCUCGAAAGCCUUAGGAUGGACAAGGAAAACAGCGAACGGGAGCGGAAAACAUUGAAGCAGGAACGAGAUGAUCUAUUGACUGAGAUAGAUAAACGUAACGCACAGAACACGAAACUGCUGCAUGAGAUUGGUCAGCUGAGGGGUGAGCUUGAAAAGGUAAACACGGUGCGUUCUCAGCUAGAAGCGGACAUCCAGGAAUCGUCCAGGGUCCGGGAUGUUUUGGAGCGUGAAUUGACCAUUUUGAAGCAGGAAUUAACGGAACAUGUGGACAGUAUGGUGAGCAGCAAAGAACGGUACGAACAGGAGUGUGAAACGUCGGCCACUCUCAAGCGGGAGCUGGAGGAGAAAUGUCAAGAGCUGGAACGAAUCAUGGCCACCGGUCGGCCUUCACUCGGUGAUGGGCGUGUAGCGCAAGCGCUGCGCCGUGAAAACGAGGAUCUGCUUCGGCAGCUGACCGAGGUGCGGCAACUAGAGGGCCUAAAAGGCAAGCAACUGCAGGAGCGGAUGGAUGAGUUGCAGCGUGUUGAGGCGGAAAUAGAACGACUGCGCGAUGAGAUGGGAACCAUGAGACACGAAUCGAGCUUCAAUGAGAAGGUGGAAGAGGUUACGGUACUCCAGCAAAAGAUACAGGAGGUGGAGAAGGUACGUGAGGAAAGCAUCCAUCGGCAACGAUCGCUGCAGCGAAUCAAUGAUCAGCUGCAGUGCAAAAAUCAAACGCUAGCGAAGCAGGUCGAAGAGCUACGUCGAGCGACGGACAAGGAACGUAAAUCUCGUCGCCAGAGUACGCACGACGAUCGUCGCGGAUUGGUGUUUAAUCUGAAGGACACGUCCACCAUGACGGAUCCAACAUCGAACGACUGUAGCUGCCUUGCAAUGGACGCACAAAUUAAGGAGCUUCGUAAUGCGCUGAAGCUAAAGGAGUGUCAGCUUAACACACAGAAACUGAUGCUAUCGGCGAACAACCCACUCAAGCCCGAACUCACGGAGGUCAAGCGCAAGCUGCAAGAGGUCAGCCGCGAAAAGGACCAGCUACAACAGGAACUGAACAAAGUGCUGGAGUUACUAGAUAAGGAGCGCAAAGAGCGCAAACGGCAUUGCACGCAAUGCAUACGCCACAGUCGGCAGCAGAACGCACAGUUUGAUAAAGCCGUUCAGGUCUAUCAGCCAACGGAUAUUGUACAAGGGCAAACGGCAAGCGCUACUACGCCGACCUCCACCGUAUCCCUUUCGAUUUUUGCAACCUCCACCAAGGGAACCACUGCUUCGGAUGUGAACCAAACAGCGCUUCAGGCACAGGUGGAAGAGCAGCAGCAACAGUACAAGCUGCUGAUGGAAAAGUACCAGAAGAUGAAACAACUGUGCCGUAUACGUAACGAAACAAUCGCCACGCUCAAUCAAGGUAUUGUUGAGAAGGAAAACGAAAGUGUUAAUGUCAAUCGUAUCAAGAAUGAAUAUGUGAAGCUGAAGCAGCAGCUUAAGGAUGCAGAAAACAAGUGUGCCCAGCUCAAUCGAAUCCAGCAGGUUACGGGACGAUCUUCAUCACUCCGUUCCGAUGUCGGACUACAGACCGAAAAAGAUCCGAACCAUGAGUUGUUAGAACAGUACCGCGCCAAGUGUGAACAGUACAAAGCAAUCGCUUCUAAGCUAAUGCAAGAACGUAGUGGCGUAACUCUGCCAUCCGCUUCUGACUGAUGCGUAAAAUACUGCGAUCCCUUUUCUAGUCCACUAGUCCAGUUUACCGAAAAGAAACCAUGGAUGCCCGCGAUCUCGAGAGCAUCGAUUAUUAUUCCGCCAGCAAAUCCCGUCCAUGUCCGUUACAACCAUCGUCUCACAUAUGUCGAUCAUCGCCGGUACGUAACUUGUGAUGUUUUCGGCCACGUGUACCCAAUCGCUAGCGUAAGUAAUUCUCAUACGGCCGCUGGUUUUGCCGUCAACCAGAUUCCGUUCGCUGAUAAUGAUAAUAGGGUAGUAUUGUACAGUAUAGAGUAGAUAGCUUGCAUUUGGUUGCACCAUUGCUCAAGUUAGUUUGAGUAUUUAUAACGCUUCACAGAAAGCCAUCCAAAAGGGGUCAUGAGAUGUGACACGAGCGACGCUAAUUCCGGACCUGGCAAUCAAAUUGAUACUUAAGCAAUCCUUUGUGUGUAAGUAAAUAUGCCACGAAGGAAUUCUUCCUAUCGUUGGUAUUAAAGUAAUGGAAAGGAAUAAAAUGGUUAUUGCUAUAUGUUAAUAAAAUUUAGUAGACGAAGAUGAUGCACGAAAAUUCAGAAUCGAAUACUGGGCAAAGUACGAAAAACCCCCUUCUGUUGUUUCAGUUGGCUGUACUCGUGCCGCUUUGUUUGUGAUCGCGUUAUGGGACAAGAUCUAUGUCGGAGCCCUUGGCUCUGAUAGAUGCUAUUGAAGGUUAUCCUAACAGAAGAGGCAAUUUGUUUGAACGAACCCCAACGUGGCGUGGAUGGCCAUGAAAAGUAAAGCGGAACUUACAGAUUUCUUUUCCAACACCUUUGAGGCCAUGACCAAUGUCCUCGAUCAAGUACCUAUGUUUAUACAUGGACGUAGUACGUAUGGGUGACCCUGAACAGGGCCAGCAGUCGAUGGUGGUAAAGAUAGAACCUUUCAUUUUAUGAGUAUAUAGGCAGUGGCACCACUGAGGACAGUAAUUAGUGAGAAGUACGCUGCUAAACUGAUUCGAUUGGUAUCGCUAUGAAACUAGUAGCCAUCAUUGUGCUCGUUCUGGGGCUGGUUUCGGUGGCGUUCACCCAAACCGUAACCCCUCGCACCACGUGUGCGCCUGCGACCCGCGCAGUGCGCACUUCUCCCGCUACCGUAGCUCCUGCAGUAGCUGCGGCUAUCAUAGCGUGAGAUAGUGGACUCCCUAAAACGUGUCAGCUCUUACGAUGGGAACCAACUGAUUCAUCGUGAACUGUCCGUAGGUUAGGUGGAUCUGAGCAGAUCUUGUAGUUGAUUCGAAUAAAGAGUAUUGCUCCAUCAGAAGGAUGU